AUGGAUGAAACGUUGAGAACAGCAGCUCGUACAGGAAAUGUUACUGAUUUGUACAAUUUAAUUCAAAGAGAUGGAAAUGUUUUGAGGCACUUUGAUGAGGUGUUGUUUGUCGAUACUUCUUCACACAUUGCUGCAGACGAAGGAUGCAUUAGGUUUGCAGUGGAAAUUAUGAACCUAAAGCCAGCAUUUGCUAGGAAGCAAAACCAUCAGGGCUUGAGCCGACUUCACAUUGCAGUUAAACAAGGGCAUAAAGAGAUGGCUCUACGUUUCUUGGAAAUUGAUAAAGAUCUUGUUCGUGUCAAAGGAAAGAACGGUAAGACUCCCUUGCACUUCAUAAGUGAAGCUGGAAAUCAUGAUGGCAUGUUGGAUCGAAUUUUAGAGAUUUGUCCUCAAUGUAUACAAGAUGUUACAAUUGAGAAUCGCAAUGCUUUGCACGUUAUUGCUGUAGAAAACAACAGACUGGAUGUUCUCCAAGUCCUAAUUCGAACACUUUGGAAGACAGACUAUGAUCGGGAAGUGGUGAACCAAAUAGAUGAAGAUGGAAACACUGCACUGCACUUAGCUGCUUUCCAUAAACAACCCGAGAUGCUUAAACUACUAUUAAACUGCAAAGCCGAUAAGCAUGCCAACAAUCAGGCUGGUUGGACCGUAAUGGAUGUAGCACAACAACAACAUAAUAGGGAAAGCAUUACUAUUCUGCGUGGUUGCUUUAUUCCAGAAGUUUCAAACUUUAAAUGUAAAUUGGAGAAACAAAUCGUCAAGCAUGUGACAAAGGCAUUGUUGAAAAUUGCAUGGUGGUGGUUGAACAGUGGAAUGGGGGUUGACAGAGGUGAUGGGACAGAAGCGGCGGCUAGGGGGGAGGGCUAG